AUGGAUUAUUUUAAAACCAAUAAAGUUAAUAAUAAUAAGAUAUAUAUAAAUCAAGAUGAUGAAAAUUAUACUGAACUUAACGAUGAAAAGGAAAAUUUUUAUUUUUUGAAACCUAAAGAAUUUAUAAAAGAUAGAGAUAAAAUUUUAAAAGAAUUUAUAAAAAAAAAAAAUGAUCAUAUCAUAAAAAAUAAUAUUGUAAAAACUAAUAUCUCACAUGCAUAUUUUCAGGCCAUUCCGAAUAUUGUUAUUUUCACUUCUUAUGUUCCAUUUAAAAAAUACGAAUGUUUAGUAAAUUUAAAAAAUAUAGAUGUAAAUGCAAGAAAUCUAAAGAUAGAAAUAGAAGAAAAUCAAAUUUUUAAGAUAAAUUAUACAUCAGACAUAAAAAAAAAGGUUGCACCUGGGAUGAUAUUUAGUUUUAAAAUUGAAUUUUAUCCUAAAUCAUGCGUAAAUUAUGAAUAUGAUCUCGAGAUUUAUUCAGAUAAUAAAUCUUUUAUAUUACCAAUACGAUGUAUAAAUAAUGAAAUUGUUUUAGAUGUACAAGAUGAAAUAAUUAUAGACGAAACACCCAUAUAUUUGAAAAAUGAAAAAAGCAUAACAAUAAAAAAUAUAGGGAAAUAUGAAAAUAAAUUUAACAUUAUAUUAAAUCCUCCUUUUUAUAUUAAUUCCUGUAUUUAUACACUUGAAGCAGGAGAAAUAAUAGAAUUAAAAGUUAUAUUUUUACCAUUAGAGGAUAAAAUUUAUGAAGAUUAUAUGAUAAUAAAUUAUGAGAACGGGAUAAGAACAUACACAAAAAUAAGAAGUAAAGGAAUUAUAGCUAAUGUCCUUAUAAAAGAUAAAGAAAUUUUUGUUGAUGAUGUUUACAUAAAUAAAUCUAAAGAAAUAAGCAUUUUUAUAAAAAACUUAUCUUUUUUUUUAUUAACUUACAACAUAAUAAAAUAUGAAGUCUUUGAAUAUAAAUAUGAUAAUUGCUCAACAAAUAUAAAAGAUGCUAAUUUUAGAGAUGAAGAUAAAAUUAUUGAAAAAACUUUUAUUACUGAUAAUGAAUUAUCGGAUCAAAAUAUAAUUGAAAAUCUGUUGUACAAAAAUGAAGAACCUGAAUACUCUAAUGGAGAUAAAAUUUACAGCGAAGAGAAUGCUGAAUAUGAAUUAACAAAUAAUGAAAUAAUUCCAAAUGAAUUGAAUGAAGAAUAUAAAGAUAAUAAGAAAGGAUAUAAUUAUGAAGAUAAUGAAAUAUAUAAUCAUAAAAAUUUUACCAGAAAUUAUGAAUCAUCUAAUGAUUCAUUUAAUUCAUUCUGUUGUGAAAAAAAAAAAAAUAAAAUAAUAAAUAUUUAUCCGAAAACCCAAAAGUUAUAUAAUGACACAGAAACUAUUAUUACAGUCAUUGUUAAUCCUCAUUUUGCAUCAUUUUUAAAAAUAGUCUUAUUUUUAUUUAUAAAAGGAUAUAAAAAAAAAGAGAAAAUAGUUAUAUAUUUAAAAAGUAUAACACCAGAAAUUAUUAUUUCAAAUAAUUUAAAAAAAAUUGACAGUAUUCUUAUUAAUACAUGCAAAACAUUAUCCUUUGAGCUUAUUAACAAUAGUCAAAUUGAUGCUCACAUAAAAAUAAAAAAAACAGAAGAUGAAAACAAUGAAUUUCAAAUUGUGCACAAUAAAAUUAUUAUACCUGAAAAAUCUCAAAAGACAUUAAAAAUAAUAUAUAUACCAAAAAUAAGUGGACUUUUUGAGAAAACUUUUAUAAUUCAUCAAAAAUACACUAAUGUUAAAAAAGAAUUAAAAAUAAUAAGUAACUGUAUAUUUCCAGAAAUUUUAUUUGAUAAAGAUCAUAUAAAUUUUAACAAUGUAUCACAUAGUUUUAAAUAUGAACAAACAUUUUAUAUUACUAAUAAUUCAGAUUUAACUUUAAAUUAUACAUUUAAAAUUUGUGAUGAAUUAAAAGAAGAAAUCAAAAUCUUGAAACAACAUGGUGAAUUAUGCAAAUAUGAAAAAGAAAAAAUUCAGUUCAUAUUUUUUCCAAAAAAAAUUAAAAAAUAUUUUUAUGAUAUUGAAUUUCUAUUAGAUGAAAUUAAAACAUAUAAAAAAAUUAUACCCUUUUAUGCUAUUUGCAGCAGGCCAGAUGUUGAAGUACAACCUAAUUUCUUAAAUUUAGAACAAAUAAUCAUAGAUAAAGAAUAUAGAAAACAAAUUAAGCUAAUCAAUAAAUCAGAAAAUAUUGAUAUAAAAUAUGAAUUGAUUUUAGAUAAACAAAUAAAUGAUGUAUGCUAUUUAGAAGUUUCAGAAUCUGAGGGAAUCAUAAGUAGAAAUGAUUUUAAACAUAUAGACAUUUGUAUAAAAAGCAAAAUAGUAGGUUAUUUACUUAUUGUUAUUAAAAUUAAAAUAUCAGGUUAUGAAGAUCUUUUAUUUCUAAAUAUAAAAGCAUAUUCUGCUUGCCCUACUAUAAAAAUAAUUCCUAGUAUUAUUGAUUUUGAAAAAUGUAAUUGCUUAGAAAUAAAAGAAAAGAUUAUUGAAAUAAAAAAUGAAAGUCCAAUUAAAACUUUUAUAAAAUUAUCUAAUGAACUAUCAAUUUUCACUUAUUCAGAAAAUAACUUUUAUAUCCCACCUAGUCAAUCUAUAUUUAUUAAAAUGUAUGCUAAAUGUAUAGAGACAAUAAUAUACCAUGAUACAUUGAGGAUAAAUGUUCACCAUAUGAAUGAUGUUAUUAUACCAAUAAAAGCCCAAGGUAUCGGGUGCCCAAUAUUAAUUAAUGAUUGCUCUAUAAAUUUCGAAGUAAUUUACACAAAUAAAAAAUAUUUUCAUGAAUUAAUUAUCUUUAAUAAAGGAAUAAAUGAAAGAAACAUACAUUUCCUUUUUGAAUCUGAAAAAAAAAGAAAAAAUAAAAAUGAUUAUGUGGAAAUUUUUAAUGUUACACCUAAAUCUUUAUCUAUAAAGGGAGGUAGUGAAACAGUAUGUGUUUUAAGUGCAUUUAAUUCAAAAGAAGAAAAAUGCGAAGAUGUUCUUUAUGUCUUUGAAGAUUUAAUGAAUACAAAAAAAUUAUCGAAAAAUUUUAAAAAAAUUAAAAUAUUAUCAUCUUUUAUUCAUCCUGAAAUAGAAAUUUGUGAUAUUUCAAGAUUUGUGUAUAAUUUCUAUGAAGUAAAUAUGAAAAAAGAAGAUAAAGAAGAAAAAGAAGAAAAUGAAGAAAAUGAAAUAGUAGAAAGAAUUAAAUAUAUUAAAAAUUUGAAUAAGUUAAUGCAAGAGAUUGAAGUAAAAAAUUUAAAAAAUGCAAAUAUAAAGUUCACUUUGUCCACGAAAAGUCCCUUUUUUGUAGAACCACAAGUAAUAGAACUAAAAAGCAAAGAAAAAAAGAAAAUUCCAAUAUAUUUUGAUAUUGAUUUUAUGAAUAAUAAGAUAAGUAAAAUUUAUGAAGAAAAUUUAUUAGUUAACUUUUUUGAAAACUCUAAAAGACAAAAGUAUGAAUUAGUUGGUGAAACUAUUUAUCCUAAUAUUGUUAUGAACAAAAAUGUUAUAGAUUUUCAAUAUAUUUUAAAAAAUUUAUAUGCACAAGAAACAUUAGAAAUUAAAAAUGUAUGCAAUUUCAAAGUAUAUUUUAAAUGGUAUUUUGAAGAAAAUAAUAUUAAUAAAAACUUUAACGAAGUUUUUAAUAUAAAUCCAAGUAAAGGUUAUUUACUACCUUCAGAAAAAAAACUAAUAACUGUUACAUAUAAUAGUAUAAAUGAAAAUUACUACAACAUCAAUAGCUUAUGUGAGAUUAAAAAUGGUCCUGUUUAUCCAUUGAAAUUAAUAGCUGGAUAUUCUGAAAUUAAAUACAGUAUAAAUAAAAAGGAAUUGAAUUAUUAUGUUCAUUACAAAUCAAUUGGUGAAGAUUUUUUAACUAUACAAAAUACGGGGAAAAUCAAAUUAUUUGUUGAAAUAAUAUAUACUAUAAAAUUCCCCUCUAUUUUAUAUACAAAUAUAAAUAAUUUUUUUAUUGAACCAUAUAAUAGUAAAGACAUUAUUUUUUACUUUAUACCAGGAUUACCUUUAAAGAUAAGUGAGAAUAUUUUAAUAAAAAUUUGUAAUUUUGAGGAAAUUAAAGUAAAAUUAAAUUCAAAUAACUUUUGCAAUAUAUUGCAUUUAAAUGUUGAUAAUAUUAACAACAAUGAAGUUUAUAAUAUAAGUAAUUCUUCACAAGAUGAAAUUCGCUCUGAAACAUCACAACAAAUUAUAGAAAAAGAAGAAACUAAAAAUGAAGAUUUAAAAAAUUUAGAUGAUUUAAUUAAUAAUACUUUUCUAUUUGUUGAUGAAGAUUCAAUUUAUGAAAAUCAGAGAAAAACGCUAACAAAAAAGCUAAAAAAAGUAUAUUUAAGUAUUUUUUUAUCACUUAAAAAAAGUAUUGAAGAAAUAUUAGAUAUCUAUUAUUUAAAUGAAAAUAAUAAAAAAAAUUUUGAAAAAGAUGAAAGUGAUAAUAUAUAUAAAACAAAUGUAAAAACAGAUGAAACAAGUACAUGUUAUAAUACAAGUUAUAGUGAAACAAACGCUAGUAUAAAAAUAAAAUAUAGAUAUGAAAUUAUAAACAUCUUAAAAAUGUAUUGUUCAAAAAAUAACAAAUGUAUAUUUUUUGUUGAUUUAUUAAAAUCAUUAAUACUAAAUCAGAAAGAUGAUAAUUAUAUUUUAAAUAUUUUUUCAAAGUUAAAGAAAUUAGUAAAUUUUGAAAAUAUAUCAUGUCAUAACUAUAUAAAUAAUGAGUAUAUCCUAAAAUAUUUAAAGAGAGUAAUUUUAGAAAGUAAUAUUGAAUUAAAAACAAUUCGAUUAAAUAUAGGGAAUUUGAUUAUUAAUGAAAGAAAAGAAAGUACUAUUAACAUAAAAAAUGUAAGUAAUGAUAAAAUUAUAUUAAAUUUCAAUAUGAAGGAAUCAGAGAGUAAAGAUAUAAUGUUGGUGUAUGAUAAUAAUGAAAUAAAUAAAAAUAAUUCAAUUAAUUUAAAAAUUGUGAUUCAAAAAAGCUGUACAGAAGAAAAAAUAUUUUUAGAGAAAAUAUUUUUAUAUCUAAAUGAUAACAAUUAUUAUAUUAUUAAUGUAAAAUUUAAUUAUAUAAUACCAGACAUAUUACUGUAUUACAAACAAAUAAAUUUUGAAAAAGUAGAAAUAAAAACCUGUCUAUGCAAGGUAAAUAGAUUAAUAAAUACAAAAAAAGUUAACAUUAAAUUUAAAGUAAAAAAAAUAAUAUUUUAUAAUAAAAAGUUGGAGUAUUAUCAUUUAAAAAGAAAAACUCAAAUUUUUAUUGCACCCACUAAAGGUAUAAUUAAAAAUAAUUCUUAUUUAGAUAUCAAAAUAUUUUUUGAACCAUCAAAUAUAUAUAGAAAUGCAAAAAUAAGGAUUGAAAUUUUUAUUUAUCAUUCUAAUAUUAUAAAAACCAUAGAUGUUUAUUUAAAUAGUACAAAAGACAACGUAUAUGUGGAUAAAAGUGAUAUAAUUAUUAAGCCGUUGUUACUUAACAGUGGAGAAAAAUAUGAAACAGUAAAAAUAUACAAUAUAAAUAAUUAUUCUAAAUAUUUGUAUAUAUAUAAAUUAGAUAAUUAUUAUAACUUCUAUGAAAGUUUUAUAUAUGACCUCUUAAUUAUACAUAAGCAUAUCUACAUAAAAAAAAAUGAUGAAAAAGAUUUAUUUUAUGGAAAUUUGAUACAUUAUUUAAUUGAUAUAUAUAAAAAAAAAAUGAAAGAAAUAAAAAAUAAUUAUAAAAAGAGUAAAUAUUUAAAUAGUGAUAACAAAAAUCUUCAAAUUGAAAAUAAACAAGAUGAUGAAAGGGAACUUCAAAUUGAGAAUACCAUGAAAAAUGACGAAAAAUAUAAUAAAAAUAGUUUUGAUAAAGUUUCCAAUGUAUUAGCUAAUGAAGAAAAAAAUAAUAGAUGCAACAAAAUUGAUAAAGAAAAAAAGGAAGAAAAAAAAAAAACAGAAAAAUAUAUUAACCCAUUAAGUUGCUCUAUAUUUUCAGAGGAAUAUAAUUCCAAUGAAUUGAUUAUAGAUAUAGAAUACACACAAGAAAAUGUUAAAGUUUUAGAAAAUAAAAUUAAAAUUUUAGAAGAAUUGAAUAUAAAAAAUGAAGUUAAAUAUAACUAUUUUGAAGAAUAUUUAAAAAUAACAAAAAUAAAAAAAAAAAUAAAAGAAAACUAUGUAAUUAUUUGUCCUAAAUAUACUGACCAUAAAAAAAUUGGUAGUUAUCUACUUAAAAACAAUAUUAUAAAUUUUUCAAAAAAAAAAAAAAAAGAAAACAAAAAUUGUGAAUAUGAUAACUUUUUAACUAUAAAUAAAAUAAUCCACUGGUGUAAUGAAUUAAAUGAUAAAGAUAGCUAUCCAUGUAUCGUAAAAAAAAAUUUUAUUCAUUAUCUGAUUUAUGAAAGGAGUAUUAACAAUAAUAACGGUUCUACUAAGCAAAUAUUGAAUUUCACAAAAAGUAUAAACGAAAAUAUUAAAGGUGGUGAACUAGUAAAAAAUUUUGAAUUUGAAAACGAAAUUAGUUCAAAUUACUAUGUAAGUGAGCAGUUAAAUGGAAAUGAAAAAAAAAAAGAAAGUUUAUUAUAUUUUUGUGAGGAUAAUGACAAAAGUCAUAUGGAAAUAAAAAAGGAUAUAUAUGAAGUUAAUAAAACAGAAAAUAUAGAUGAAAAUGUAAAAAAGGGAAAUAAAAAUAAAAAUUUUAAAAAGGAAAACACUAUAGGUUAUGAAGAGAAUAAGAAAUUCAUAAAUAUAUAUAAAAAUAAAUUUAAGAAAAAAUUAACUAAAAAUCACAUAAAAUCAAAAAUAGAUAAUAAGCAUAUAACAUAUAUUAAUAAAAAAAAAGGUAAUAAUAUUAAUUCCAGUAACAAAUAUCAUGAGGUUAGUUGUACAUAUGAUGAAAAAACAUUUUUUAAUAAAUACAAUUUAAAAUAUAAAUUUGAAUAUAUAAAUCACUUUUUUAAUUUCUCUAUUUUAAAUGAUGAAUUAUUUAUGAAUGAAGUAAGAUUAUUCUUAAAAUUAAUUAUGUCUGAAAAAAAAAAGGGAAAAAGUGAAAAUUCUAUUAAAAAAAAAAACAAUUUUCUAAAUCUCUUUGAAAAUAUUCUAAAGAAAAUUUUAGUUUCUCCAUUUUAUAUUAAUGGUGUUGUAUUUUUCUUUAAAAAAAAUAAUUAUAUAAAUCCAGAUAAUUUUUUGAAUAUAUUCCUAAAAAUAAAUACUGAUGAAAAUGUUCUUAUAAUAUAUUUGAAUCCUAUUGAAAAAUAUGAAGAAUUUCUUAAUCUAAAAAAUAAUAUAGAAGGAAAAACAGAAAAUUUAGAUUUAAGAAGUAACACAGAAAAUAUGAUAGUAUACGGAAAAAGCGACAAAAAAAGUAAAGAAACAAAUGAUAAAAAACAAUAUGAAACAAAUGAUAAAAAAAAAAACGAAACAAAUGAUAAAAAACGAAAUGAAACAAAUGAUAAAAAGCAAAAUGAAACAAAUGAUAAAAAACAAAACGAAACAAAUGAUAAAAAACAAAAUGAAACAAAUGAUAAAAAACAAAUUGAAUUAAUUGGCAUACAAAGAAUUAAAUGUUUUUAUGAAAACCUAACAAAAACAUACCAAAGGAAGAUUGAAAAAAAAUUAGACGAGAAAAAAAAAAUUGAAAAAAUAAUAGAAUUAUUAAAUAUAAAUUAUGAUGAGAACACUCCUUGUACCAUUGAUGAAAAUAAAGAUAAAAAAAAUAUAGAUAUAAAAAAAAAAAAGACAAUUUUAAAAAGACUAACAAAGGAAAUAGAAUAUAAAGAUAACGAAGCACUUGUAAAUGAAUCAUGUUCUGAUAUACUAGACAACAAUGAAUUAGGAAACUAUUUAAAAAAAAAUGAAAAAUUAGAAGAUAAUGAAAAUAAUAAAAUACAUGAAAAAAAUAUAAGUGUAAUAGAAUAUUUUGAAGAUAAUGGACCUAAUCCAACACAUAAUUUAUAUGAAAAAAUGAAAAUCUACAAAGAAAAAUAUACUUUAAAUAAGCAAAUAAUUAAUGAGUUAAGUAUGAAGUGUUCUAAGAGAAAGGAAAAUGUUGACUAUAAAAUCAUUAAAUAUAAUAAAAAAGUAAAUAAAAUAAAUAAUUAUAUGAAAAAUUCUAAUUACAUGGAUUAUGCACCAUUUUAUAAGGAAUUAAAAACAAUAUUAAGGAAUAUAUUAAAAGAAUACUUAAAAAAAAAUAUGAAUUUUUCUAAUACAGAUAAUUUUCAUGAAUCAGAGGAUAUUAUUACCUUAAAAAAUGAUGAGGAAAUAGAAAAUAAAAAAUUAGAAUAUGAAAAAAAAAAAAGUUUCAUAAAAAAAGUAAAUCUUGAACUUAGCGAUAAUUUCAUUGAGAAAAUAUAUGAAGAAAUAGAUAUCAAUAUUUUAGAUGUAAAUGUUAAAGAUAAGGAAUAUAUAAAAAAUAAGGAUACUAAUAAUUUUAAUGAAAGAGAAUGUAAUAUAAAAAUAGAAUUCGAUAAAUUAAAUAAUAAGCAUAAUAUACCAGAAAUUAAAAAAAAAAUAGAAAAAAUUACCAAUGAAAAUGCAUUAUGUGAUAAAGAUAAUUCAUCUAGAAAUUACAACGUAACUGGUGGCAUUACUAGAACAGAUGCAAACAAUAAAGAUGAAAAUAUAAAAACCAUUAUUGACAAAAAUGAAGAAUUAAUAAAAUAUUUGAAACAAACUUUUGUUCAUAUAACAUUUAUAUUUUUUUUUGUUAAUGAUGAGAUAUAUUUUAAAAAAAAAAAAAUUAUGAAUGAAAUUUCAAAGAAUUUAUAUCAAAAUUAUAGUGAUGUAAAAACAUCUGCUUAUUUUUUUGAUAUUCCUUACCCAAAAAUUUACGAUUCUUUUAACUUAAAAAAUUUUAUUCAGAGAAAAAAAAAUUUAGAAAAAUGUGAAAGCAUAAUACAUGUAGACAAUAAUAGAGGAACAAAAGAAAAAGAAGAAAAAGAAACAAAAGUUGUAGAAAAGAAAGAAUUACAUACAGUUUACAAAGAAUUUAAAGAAAAAAAAAAAAAGAAAAAGGAAAAGAAAAAGGACACAAAAACAAAAAUAGAAAAAGAAGAAAAGGAAAAGGAAAAGGAUAAGGAAAGAGAAAGAGAAAGAGAAGGGGAAAAGGAAAAAGGAGAAAAAGGAAAUAUAGAAAGUGAAAAGGAAAAGGAAAAAGAAAAAGAAAAAAAUAGGAAUAAAGAAAAAGCAAAUGAAAAAGACGAAGAAAACGAAAUAGAAGAUAAAGAAAAAAAAAAGAAAAAAAAAAAAAAAGAAAAUAAUGAAGAUGAUAAAAAAAAGAAGGAAAAGGGAAAAGAAAACGAAAAAAAUACAAAUAAAGAAAAAACCAAAGAAAAAGAUAAAGGAAAGGAAAUAGAGGAUAAAGAAAAAAAAAAAGAUAAUAAUGAAAAUGAUAAAAAAAUGAAGGAAAACGGAAAAGAAAACGAAAAAAAUAUGAAUAUAGAAAAAAAAAAAGAAAAUAAUGAAGAUGAUAAAAAAAAGAAAAAGGAAAAGGGAAAAGAAAAUGAAAAAAAUAGGAAUAAAGAAAAAGUAAAAGAAAAAGAUGAAGGAAAGGAAAUAGAAGAUAAAGAAAAAAAAAAAGAAAAUAAUGAAAAUGAAAAAAAAAAGAAAAAGGGAAAAGAAGAGAGAAAGAAAAGAGAAAGGAAAAGAGAAAGGGGAAGAGAAGGAGAAGAAGAAGAAAAAGAAAAAGAAAAAGAAAAAGAAAAAAAUAUAAUAGACGAAGCAAGAGAUAGUGAAAAUAUCAGAAAUGACGAUAUAUAUCAAAUAAAAGAACAUACAAAUAAACAUGAAAAACUUAAAAAGGAAAAUAUAGAAGAAAUACACAGUGAGAGAACAAAAAGUGUAAAAAUAAAUAUGAAUGAAAAGAAAAUCAAAGAUGUUUAUUAUGAAGAAUUAGAAAAAAAAAAAUAUGAAAUAAAAGAUGAAUACGAUUAUAUGUUUUACAAAUGUUACAAUUCAUAUAAUAAAAAUAAAUUAAUUGGAAAUAUUAAUAUAGAAGAUGGAGAUCAAAAAUUAAUUGAAUUUUUACAGAUGGACACACAUGAUGACAAGAAGGAUAUGAUACAGUAUAAAAAUAUUACUCAUUUUAUGUUAGAAAAGAAUAAUAACACAGAAAUAUAUAUAAAAAUUAAUACUUGUAAAAUAACAAACAUGAAAAAAACAAUAUGCUUAAUAGAUAUUCUAGGAAAUUAUAUUUUCCUAAAUAUUCAUAUUAUAAUUGAUAAACCUAAAAUAUAUUCCAAUCCUUACUUCAUAUUUAACAAUAAUGUUUCAUUAUUUGAUAAAAGUAACUGCUUCAUUUUGUCGAAAAAGAUAUAUAAUUUUGAUAAAGUUUUAAUUGGAAAAAAUUUAAGUACAUUUAAGGAUUUAAUAGAAUCAGAAUUAAAAGAAGAAGGUGAAGAAUAUGUUGAGUUUCUGAAAAAAUUUGAAGGUAUACAUUUACCAAAAUUUAAGAUAAACAAAUAUAAAAUAAAAAACAUAAGUACUUUAGAAUAUAGUGUAAAAGAAAAAAUGAUAUCAAAUAACAUUGAUAUGAUAAGAAAUAAAGAUAUUCUUAAACAUUUAUAUAAACAUGUUCAAAUUUUAAAUUUAUUUAACCCAUCUUACUUUGAUUGUUUCGUUGAACUUUCUUUCGAUGAUAAGUUACAUAACUAUAAUGAAAAUAAAUCUCCAAAGAGAAAAAGUGUUGAUAAUUUUUUAAUAUAUAAUGACUUUUAUAUAUAUCCUGAUAAAUUUUUUAUUUUAUCAAAAAAAUUUCAAAAAAUUAUUAUUUUAUUUUUACCUAAGAAUCCAUCUGUUUUUUUCGAAAACUUAUUGUUAUCAAUAUAUGCUGUGAAAGAAAAAAUAAGUGAUAAAAACGAUAAAUUAAGCUUAAAUAACGAAAAAAAUAUGAUAGAAGCAAAUAAAGAGAUCAAUAAAAGUGAUAAGAUAUUUCAAAGUGAAAAUUUAUCUAUAAAUAAUAUAGAUAUAUUAAAUAAAGAAAUUGACAAUUCUACCUUUGAUAUUUUUACUUUGUCUUUAAAAGGAGAAGGAAUAAGAUGUUCUUUAAAAAUUGAUCAGAACUACUUAAAUUUUCAUAAAAUCCUUUUAAAUUCUACUUACAAAAAAACAAUAGAAAUAAAAAAUAAUAGUUAUUGUGAAAUUUUAUGGUAUAUUGAUUCUAAUGACUUAAAGGAUAAUUAUCUUAAAAUAAAUCCUGUAAAAGGAAAUUUACUUAAAAAUGAAAAAAAAAUAAUAACUAUUUGUAUUAAUGCAAACAAAGUCGAUAUAAUAAAAAAAAAAAUUAAAAUUAAUUAUUUGGAAAAAAAUUUAACUAAAAAGGAUAAAGAAAAAAAUAAUUUAUAUUUCACUCUUUUUGAUAUUGAAGCAGAAAUAUGUAAAUCUUUUGUUCAAAUAAAUUUCGAAAUUUUAGAUGAAAAUAAAAAUGAUAAAAAUAAUCAAUUAAUUGAUAAUUCUGUUGGUGAUACGAACAAUAUAUUGAAAAAUAAUAAUUUAAAAAAUAACACACCACUAGAUAUUUUAAAAGGUAAAACAAAAGAAAAACUUACCCAGUCUAAUAAAUUGUAUGAAGUGAUAGAAAAAGAAAUUAACUUUAUGCAUGUCCAAGUUAAUGAAGUUAAAUUUUGUUUAUUUAAAAUUAAAAAUACAGGAAAGAUUAAAAUUUCUUUUUUCUUAGAAUUAAAUGAUGAUUAUUUUUUAAAUUUUAUAACCAUUGAUAAGAUAAGUGAUUCUAUAAAUUCAAACGAAAUAAAACUAGUAAAAUUAAAAUUAAAAUCAAAUAAAAAAAUUAAAUUUCAAAAUAUUCCAUUGUUCAUACAUAUUUAUGAUAUUGAUAAUAAUUAUAUCCAAUCAUAUAAAUAUCUAUGUAGUGUAUUUUUUGAUUACAAUUAUCUGAAAAUUAUACCUCCUAUACUUAAUUUUGAUUCCAUCGAAAUAAAAAAAGAAGAAACAAAAUUUUUUAAAAUAAUUAAUAAUGGAUAUUUUGAUUUUAAAUAUGAAAUAAAAUUAAUAAAAAAUAAAAUAAAAAAUAGAGAUGAUAAAUUAUUAGAAAAUAAUAAUACAGGAAAUUAUGAGAAUAAUAAAAUUCAUGAAAUAGAUCCUUUUACUAUUUUUCCUACAAUCGGUUUAAUAAAAUCAAAAGAAGAACAAACAAUUAGUGUUCUUUUUAAUUCUUCUGAAGAAAAAUAUUACAAAUAUAUUUAUAUUGUUGAUGUAGAUAACCUUAUGCCAGAUGUAAAUGUAAAUAAUAAAUAUAAAAAAAUAAAAGGAAAAAAAGAAAAAGAAAAACAUGGUGAACUAAUUAAAAUAUUUGCAUCCUCAGUUACACCUCGAAUUUCUUGUAAUAUACAAAAUAUAUUUGAAGAAGUUUUUGUAUUAAAAAAAAUGGAUGUUUAUCGUGAUUUUUUAGAUUUUUUUCUGAGCAAAAACAGUUAUUAUAAUGUUGAUGAUAAUACAUUAUAUUAUAAAUAUUCUUAUGUAAAUGAAUUCAUUAGUGAAAGAAUUAAAAUUACUAACAUAUCUGAUAUAAAUGUAAAUGUUAAAAUAGAAGUUAAAGAAAUUGAUUUUUUAGAUUAUAAGUAUAAAAAAGGAAAAGAAAAAGAAAAGGAAAAGGAAAAGGAACAAGAAAUAACAAAAGAAAAAGAGAUGGAAAAAAGAAAAAUAGAAAAUUUAAUUCAAACAAAAUCGUCUAUUAAAUUUCAUAUGAGAGUACAAAAUUAUAAUGAAGUAAAAAAAAAAUGGAUUUUAAGUGAAGAUGAUAAUAAUGAUAAUAAUACUUUUGUUAUAACACGUUAUCAGAAUAAAUAUAUUGACUUAUGUUUUUAUUCUAGUCAAAUAGUAAGUAAAAAAUUUCUUGUAAAUGUUUAUAUUGAAAAAUCCCAAAAUUUUUGUUUGUGUUUUUCUUUCUAUAUAAGUGUUGAAUUCUUUUUGCCUUCUAUUAAUUUUAUUAUGCUACCUAACCUAUUAAAACUAAAUAAUGAAAAUAAAGUUUUUGAUUUAGGUGAUAUUCAUUUAAAUAGUGUAAUUUCAAUUAAAGUAAAAUUAAAGAAUUUUUUCAAAUAUCCUGUUUUUAUUAAAAUAUUCUUUGAAAAAAUUAAUACUCUUUUUGAAAAUAUGAAUGAUGGUCAAGUAAAAAAACAAAUAAAUAAUAAGAAGGAAUUAAAAAACCAAUUAAAUGUUAAUGAGAACAUAGAACAAAUAAAAGACGAUGAUAAAUUAAAUAAUCAAAUAAAAGAAAACGAAAAACUUAAAAACCAUCAAAAUGAUGAAAAAAAAAAAUGCAGUAUAUUAAAAAAUAAAAAAAUAGCAAAUAAGAAUAUAAAAACUGAAAGUAUUAUAGAUAAAAAUAAUAUAGAAAAACCUUUAGAUAAAUACGAUGUAAUUCAUAACAAUGAGGUAUUUUCUAAUAAUCCUUAUGUUGAGGAAAAAAAAGAUGUUUUUGAAAUUUUAAAUAAUAAUAAUUUUUUUAAUAAUAUAAGAGAUAAUAUUUUAUUAAAAAGAAAAAACAAUAUUAUAUAUUUUGACCAUAAAAAUAUAAAAGACAUAAUAUAUGAUGAAAAAAUAAGAAAGAAAAAAAUUGAAUUCGGGUAUUUCCAAUUCAUUGGACAUGAUAGCUAUAUUUUAAGAGAAAACGAUAUGGUGUACUUUGAUAUAAAAAUAAAUAAAAAAAAAAUACAAGAGGAAAUAAAUAGAAGGCAAAUAAAAGAUCAAUUAAAUAAAAAAGACAUUGAAGAGGAUAUAAGUAAAAAUAGUAUUGGAGAAGAUUCAAAUAAAAAAACAAAUGAAGACUAUCUACAAGAGACUAAUGCUGAAGAGGAGAUGUAUAAAAAAAAUAAUGAAGAUGAAUUAAGUAAAACAAAUGAUGAAAAUGAAUUAUAUAAAAAAAAAAAAAAAAAAAAAAAGAAAUUAAAUAAAAAGAAAAAUGAUAAAAAUGUAUGUGAAACUACAGGGAAAAACAUUAUUGAAAAUGUUAAAUCUAAAAAAGAAGUAUUAGGUAGCAUAAAUAUUGAAGUUUUAAAUAAUAUUUACGAGUUUUAUAAUUUAAAAUUUUUAGGAAAUAUAAAAGAAUGCAAAAACUACUGGAAUUUACAAAUUUUGAAAAGACAAAUAAAAUAUUUCUAUAAAAAUAACUUUUUUAUUUUUAAAAACCAUAUAAAUUUAGAUAUAUUACCUAUAAACUAUAAUAAUAUAUUUAAAUUAUAUUAUACGAAUGAAAACAGUUACGACUUAUAUUUUAAUAUAGAAAUGGAUAAAAAAAUAAAAAAUUUUAUUGAUAUCAAUCCCUCAGUUGGACAUGUGCCAUCAAAUAGUACUACAUUAUUUUCUCUAAAAAUUGAAAUAAAGGAAUCUAUCAAUUUAACAAAAAAAAAAAUACCAUGCAGAUUUUCUAUGCAUCCUUUUAAUAAAAAAAAUGUAAAAAUAAGUGACUCUCUAGUAUAUGAUGAUGACUUAUAUAUAAGUUUAGAAUCAACAGAAAUAAAAGUUUCUUAUAACAAAAAAAAAAUUUCUUUCAAAAAUAUUCCUUUUUUCAAUUAUUCAAAAAAUAAAUUGCUAUUAGAAAAUUUAUCCAAUGUCAAAUUAUAUGGUGAAUUAAAUAUAAUACCUGUGAAUGAUUUAGAUGAUAUAACGUCUGUUUAUUCUUUUGUCCCUUUUAAAGAACAAAAUAUUAUUUCAUUAUUAGAAAAAAAUAAUACUAAUUUACUAUUCAAAGAGAAAAUAGAAGAUAAGAAAUAUUUUAAUUGUUUAUCUUCAGAAAAAAUAGAAAUGAAAAAUAUAAAAAAUGACUUACAAAUAAGUAAUAAAAUAGAAAAAAAAAAAAAAAAUGAAAAUGAUGAUUUAUUAAAAAGUUCUAAUAUAGAAAAUAAAAUGGAAAAAGGUAAUGAAGACAAUCCAAUUGAUGAAUUUUAUUUAACUAAAUAUGAUUUAAAUAUAUCUGAUUUUGAUAAUAAUAAUCAUAAUAAUAAUUUUGAAAUUAAUUUUAAUGAGACAAACAAAAUUAUAGACAAAAAUAAAAUUAUUAAAAAAUGUUUUACUAUUAAUGGGAAAAGUAAUAAGUAUAUAAAUAUAUAUUGCUUUCAUCACAUUUAUAAAAAAACAUUUGAUGCUAUGUUACAUAUAAAAAUAAAGCUUUAUGAUGAAAUAAAAAUACCUAUUGAAAUGGUUUUUGAAAAUGAUGAAAAAGAAGAUAUUUUUUUAUUAACAAAUUUUAAACAUAAGGAAAUAGUUGAUAAAAAAGAAAUAAAAAAAAUUGAGAAAAAGAAUGAAAUAUUAAUAAUUAGCAGAGGUAUUUUAAAUAAAAUAAAUCACAAAAUAUAUAUGUUGAAUAUUUCAAAUAGAAUCUUUGAAUAUCUUUUUGAAAAAUCCAAUGAAAUAUGUGAAACAGAAGGUGCAUCUCUUUUAACGGCUUAUAGUAAGAAUGGUAAUAGUAAUAAUAAUAAUGUUAUUGAUUGUGUAAAUUAUAAGGGUUCUAUUAAAGAAAACAAUUUUUCUAUAAUUAAAUUUCUUUUUAAUUCAUUUAAUUCUUUAUCAUAUAAAGGUAAUUAUAAUUUUUAUAUAAACAAUAAGAAGCAGGAAAACAUAGAGUUUCAAUUAAAGGUAAUUGAGCCACUCGUGUUUUUUAAUACCUCAUUUAUACAUAUAAAUAAUUUAAUAUUAGAAAAAAGUUAUUGUUUUGUUUUUUAUCUAAUUAAUUUUGAUUUAAUAGAUAUAAAUUUUGAAUUUGAUAACAAUUCAUAUAGCUCUUUUAAUAGUAAAAGAGAAGUAAUCAAAAUAAUCCCAUCUAAAGGAACUAUAAAAUCUUGUUAUAAAAAAAAUAAAUAUUUUUAUAAAAAUUUACAUAAAUCUAUGUAUGAUAAUAAUGAAAAAAACAAUAUUAACAAAAAUAAAUUAAAUACUUUAAGAUCUGCUUCCUCUUCUUUCAUAGAAGAGAAUUCUAUGAAUUAUUAUUCAAGUGAAUGUAAAUUUAGCAAUAGAAUAUUAUAUGACAAUUUUCAGAAUACUUUAAUAAGAAAAAAGAAAAAAAAAAAAAGUAAAGUAAACUAUUCAGAUGGUUUAAAUACAAAAAAUUCCUCAAGUGAUGGCUCUAUUAAUUCUUCACAGAAAACAUCAUCGUUAUUAUCGUCUCAGUCAAAUUUUAAUUCUUAUAAAAAUAAAAUAAAACUGAAAAACAAUAAUCAUAUAUAUAAUGGUAACAAAGGAAGUAGGGAUAGAAUUUCAGAAAAGUAUGAUUUAGAUACUUCAUGUUCAUCUGAUAGUGAAUCGUCAACAAAUACAUUAAAAGAACACGAGAAAUUAAAUAAUAAAAAAAAUAAUAAAUUCUUCCUUAUAAAUUAUUAUUUGAAAAAUAUUUGGAAUGUAAAUAAUGGCAAGUUUAAAAAAGAAAUUAAGCACAUCAUUGGGAAAGGAAGGAGUCAAAAAAUAAAAUUAUAUUUUAAACCAUAUCUUGAACAAUUUUAUAAUUUUAGCAUAUUGUGUAAAAUUGAAACGAAAGAAGAACCUUUAAAAAUAAAUUUUAAAAUGCAGGCUAGUAGAAUUAAUAUUAACUGUUAUAUAGAAAAUUUUGAUAAAGAGAAAAUUAGACUUAAUUUACAAAAUUCCUUGUUACGUAAAAAAAAUAAAAAUAAUAAUGAUUUAAUAAAUAUUUAUGAAACAAUAGAUUUUAAGGAAACUUUAAUUGGAAAAAAAAAGGUCUCCAAUUUUAUAAUUGAAAAUUUAUGUUCAUAUGAUUUAUUUUAUAAAUAUUAUUUACAAAAAAAUGAUGAUGAAAUAUCUAUACAAUGUAGCAAUAGUUAUAUUUCAAGUAGUUCUAUACUUAUUAUUACCGUUGAAUAUAAGCCUCUAAUUAAUCAAAUAUAUGAGAAUUAUUUAAUUCUUAACAUAGCAGAUUUUUAUAUAAUAAAUUUAAAAAUUACAGCUAUUUCAACAAAUUUUUUAAUUAAUUUUUCUUUUCACAAUUAUGACUUUGGUAAUAUUAUAUUAUUUCCAAUUUUAGAUAAAUAUAUUAAUAUAAAGAAAAUGAAUUUAAAUCAAUAUUAUGAAAACAGUUUUUCUUCAACUAAUAGUUCUUUGUCAUCUCUUAUGUCUACUUAUAAAAUGAAAGAGAGAGAAAAAAAAAAAAAAAAAGAAAUGGAUGAAAAAGAAAAAAACAUUAACAUUUUUCAAAAGGAUAAAAUACAAGACACAGAGAAUGAUAUGAAAAAAGAAAAGAAAAAAAAAGAAAAGUAUAAGGAUGAAGAGACAGAUAAAGUUUCUCAUAAAAAUAAAAAAGAAAAAAGCAAAAAACUGAAAAAAGGUGAUAAAAUAAAAAAUAAAAUGAAAGAAGAAUUAAAAGAAGAAGAUAAAGAGGAAAUUUAUAAAAGCGAGAUAAAUAAAAUUGAAGUAAACAAAAAUGAAAAUACUGUAAAUGAAUUGAAUUCAUUAGAUAUGAAAAAAAAUAAUAACAUUGAAAAAGAAAAUGAUAAUAUAGAUAUGAUGAAUGAAGAAGAAAAUAUCAAUACUGCAAAAACAAAACUUUUUAUUUAUAAUAAUAAUGAUGAAGACUGCUAUAUUGAAUAUGAAUUAAAUGAAUGUUCUUUAAAAAUAAUAAAUUCAGAUAAAAAAAUAUAUUUAAAGAAAAGAAGUAAAACUUGCCUUAUUAUUUUAUUUAAACCAAAUGAAGAAAAAAAUUACAAUUACAAAAUACCGUUUAUAAUAAACAAUGAUUUAAAUAAAAUUGUUUAUAUAUAUUUUACAGGAUCUGCUAACUAUUUUAAGUUACCAUUUACAUGUAAUAACUCAAAUGAAAUAAAUUUUAAAGAUGUUCAUGUGGGUAAAGAAUCAAUAAAUAAAUUUACUCUACAUAAUAAAAAUUCAAAAGAUAUAUCUUUUAAUAUAUUUAAUUAUAAAGAUAUAGAAAAAUACUUUCUGUCAUUUGUGAAAUUUGAUAAUGGCAAUUUACAUAUUCUAAAAAAAAAGGAAAAAAAAACAUUUGAAAUAAAAUUUUUACCAGAAAAAUAUAUACAAUUGGAAAUACCUCUAUAUUUAAAUAUUAAUCUUGAUGAAAAAUUUAUAGUUUUUUAUUUAACAAAUAUUAAAGUAAAUAGUGUAUGUUAUAAAGUUGUAUUAAAGGAGAAGAUGCUAACAUUUAAUAAAAUGGAUACAAAAGAAGAUGAUAUUAGUAAAAUUCAAGAAAAUUUAAAUGAUAUUAACGAAAUAAAAAAAAAAUUAUUCAAAGGUUCAAAUAAUAAUAAGGAUUCUAUAAAUUGUAAAAAAAUUCAGUUGCAUAACACAGGAGAUAUGAACGCUCAAUUUCAAAUAUUUUAUCCUCAAAAAUAUGAAAAGUUUUUAUUUUUAUAUCCUAAAAAAGGAAUUAUUUUUUCUCUCAAUAUAAUAGACAUUUACGUAUUUAUAGAUACAGAUUUUAUAAGCAAAGAUUUAUUUAUUAACGAUAUAGUUGUAGAGUUGUUUCCCAAAUUUAACAAAAUUAAUAAUAAAGUUUUCUUUAAUAUAUUUAUUAAUUCAUCCAGUAAUAUGAUAAAAUAUAAAAGCACAGGUAUGAAUAAUUUAAAAACAAUUAUAAAUGAAAACAAUACAGAAGAACUAAAAAAAGAAUUAGAAGAAGAAAAAAACAUAAGUAAAAAAAAUCAUAAUGUUGAUUGCAUGGAAAAAAAAAUUAACAUAUUUCCCUUAAAAAAUGAAACUAUCAUCACAUUUUUAACAGAUAUUAGAAAGGAAAUAAGAAAAAAAAUUGAGAUAUUUAAUGACUCGCAAUCGAAUUUUAAAUUAAAAUACAAAUUUUUAUCAAAUGAACAGAAUUUUUUUUCUAUUGUAAAAAAUGAAGAUGUAAUAAAAGCAAACGAUAGUGGGUCAUUCGAUAUUGUCUACAAUCCUCUAUUUGUUUUAAAAAAAAAAAAUAAUAAUAAUUAUCGUAAUAAUUUGUGUGAAAAAUAUCAAAAAUAUUGUUCAAAAAUACAUCAUUUAUCUAAAUUAGUUAUUUAUUACCCUAAUGAUGUUAUAAAGAAUUACACUUUAUUAGGUUAUUCAGAUAAUAAUUCUUAUGAAAAAAAAAUUUGUUUUAAUUUAAAUUCUAAAUCUCUCAACAAUGCAUCUGUAAGAAUAAAGAAUUGGAUAAAUGAAAAUCAAACAUUAAUUGUUUCUUACUAUUGUUGUGAUAAAGAUUUGAAAGUUUUAAAUAAUAACCUACUCUUUUUUUAUAUACAAAACAAAUUUGAUUUAACUAUUAGAGAAGAAAAACAUUUAUUUUUUAAGGUUACUUCAUUAAAAGAGGGUAUAUUUUAUGUAUUGUUAAUUUUAUCAAAUGAAAAAUAUGAAGACAAAUAUAAAAUAUUACUUCAGUUUGAAAUGUUUAAAAGUGACUUUUUGUGUGUAAAAAAUAUUAAUGGAAAUAAAAAAGAAAUAUUAAAAGAAAAUGUCUUUAUAUAUAAUCCAUUGGAUGAAAAUAUACUAAUGGAUACAAUAUUUGAUUAUACAUAUGUAUUUUUUGAUAAUUCUAUAGUUCUUGAAAAAAAAAAAAAUAAUAAAAUAAAUGUAUAUUUUUGUAUAGUAAAAAACGAAAAAGAUAAAAAUGUGAUUAUAUCCUUUUCUAAUAGAACAUUAGGAAACUAUAACUUUAAAUUUGUUCUUAAUAUAAAUAUGAAUGAAUUUGAAGAAAAUUUUUAUUUCAAUACUGAUUUAGGCUCAUUACAAAUUAACGAAAUUUCUUUUACUAAUGUUUGCAAUCAGAAAAUUAAUUAUGAUGUAGUUAUAGAAGAUUUUGAUGAAAACAAUGAAAAUUCAAAACAGAUAUUCCAAUGUGAAGAUAAAAUAACAGUUAAACCAAUCGAUACGAGUUUUUUUUUAAAAAAUGACACACUAAAUAAUCUAUCCGAUAAAAUAUGUUUGACAAUUAAAUAUAACCCCCCUGAUAUUAGAAUUAAUAAAGCUAUUUUAAAGCUAGUGUCUAAAGAAGGAAUAAUAUAUAAGGGUUUAUUAAUAGGGAAAAGUGUAUCACCAAAACCUAGAGGACCAAUUUUUUGUUCAUCACAAAAAACAACUUUAAUUGAUUUUACAAAUCCAUUUUUUCAGAUGAAACAAUUUUUUCUCAAAGCUGAUGAAAAUUUCAUUAUUCCAUUUGAAAAUGUAAAAAUUGAAGCAAGACAAACAAUUCAAAUACCAAUUAAAUGCAAAACAAGAAAUGCAACUUCUGGAAAGCUUAUACUUAAAUCAGAAAAUGAUAAUAUAUGGAUGUAUUACUUAACAGGACAAUAA